AUGUCUAGAUCCUUUUAUGUCGACUCUUUGAUUAUUAAGGACACCGUGCGACCCGCACCUCUAAACGAGCAUCCCGGACAAGACUUCUUCAUCCCCAUCAGCAUGCAUUCGCCCACCAUGAUGACGGUCAACGCGCCGGUGUGCCCAUCCAGGAAGACUGGCACUUUCUGCGUCUGCCCGGUUUGCGUCACGUCCCAUCUCCACUCUCCCCGCGGCGGCAUUUCGAUGCUGAAGAGUCAGUUCCCUGGAGCGGAGCCCCAAUAUUGUCAGAGGAUAUCACACCACCAACAGUCUCCGGCGCUGGGACACGCACCUGUCUGCACGCCUACGUACAGCGUCACUGACCCCAGGAGGUACCACUGUCUCUCCAUAGGUAAGAAUAUGUUGUCUGCCUCUGAGAGCAAUCACAUCCAGAAUGGCAAAAGGAUGCGUACGGCUUUCACCAGCACGCAACUAUUGGAACUGGAGAGAGAGUUCUCCUCCAACAUGUAUCUAUCCCGGCUCAGAAGAAUCGAAAUUGCGACGUAUCUGAACCUCUCGGAGAAGCAGGUGAAAAUCUGGUUCCAGAACCGGAGGGUGAAACACAAGAAGGAGGGCAAGGGCACACAGAGGAGCGCGCACAGCGGUUGCAAGUGCGCAAGUGGUCACACGGACUACCCGAGGUCUGAGGACGAGGAAUCUUUAUCCCCUGCAUCAGCGUCAGAGGAGAAAGAGAUCUCCCCAAUCUGAUGCCAUCUCACGCUAUACAUACUUCCAUUACACUACUGGCAUAGUCUACCCUUGUUCAACACGGAUUCAGCAAUACCAGACGACCUCAUGGCCAUGAUAUGCUACUUCCAGUCUGAGAAGAACUAUUGGGAAUAUCUUUGGUUUCCUCUGGUUAAAUCUUGUAGGCCUAUUUGUCAUUCGUUUUAUGUUAACUGUCCAAUAUGAACAAAUUGUGAAUACAUGUUUUAUUUGUUAAAACAUUUAGAAACAUAAAUGUAAUGUUAAAUCAUUCAGGGUUCAACCAACGUCAAAGUUGUACAUCCUCAGUAGUUGUCAUACAAUGCUUGGUAUCUUCCCUCUUCCAUGUGAUUAGAUAAAUAUCAUAUUUAUCCGAUGUGGCUAUGACAGCCGUUGAUCUACUCUGUUUCACAUCUGAUUUAUCCACGUGAAUUUGUAUGUGCUUAGUAGACUAUUAUGUAAAUAAUAUGUAUAUUUGUAUUUAUUUUAAUAAAACUUUGGUGAGUUGUAUCUCAGACAAAAAUUGAUGUUUUUUGACCGGUUGGCAGGUGCAUCUUUGAUUCGGCCCUUAAAGGCUAUUGUUUGAGCUUUUGUGUUUGAAUGAUAUAAUUGUCAAGAAAUCAACGUUGAGUCUGUAUUUUGAGUAAAUAGUCAAUUUAAUAUAAUAAUUGCACGACUUUUCUCAUGAGACCAUUUCAAGGGACACAUUAAUGUCAUCAUAUGCAGGUGAUCAGAGACACUAACAUAAACAGUAUUAGAUUUACAUCCACGUUCACCGUCAUUUACAGCCAAAUGCAUGUACUGUACUCUUUUUAAGAUGAUCAAGAAUAGAUUGAUAGUUUUAUAAAUCUUGACAUUUUCUGUCUGUUCUUAGGACUGGUUUUGGCAGUGCCCUGCUCGGGUUAACCAUGUUAAAUGUUAUAUUGAGUCCCUCUCUGAUUAGGUAACAGGUUGAUAAAAUAUGUCAUCAAGGAGUGCAUUACCUGUUAAUGAACU